AUGCAAGACGCAGUUCGCCCCAGUGAGCACGCAGCUCGAGCCAUGUACGCACGUGGUUACCAAACAUGGCGCAGGAUAUUCGAAAGCGCGACUCAAGAAACGUACUUGCCAAGAGAUUGUCUACAGCGCUUACGAACCGCCUUCCCCAAUUUGCCUUGGUUUCCACACAACGUCGCUAUCGACAGCAUUUUUGACAACGCGGCUUUAGUCAGAGGGAUUGUUUCCUGGCUUCCAGGUGAUGAUUUAUGUCAUUUACAACCAUUCCAAGAGGAGUCUCUUUUUAAGGUUGCAUGGGACAAGCCAACCAGGGUGGUUCUGACAUCAGACUCACGUCAAGCAAAGGCUACUCUGCCCGACAUUUUCGGCGAAGACAGUCAUCAUAUUCCCAUCCUUCUUCAGGCUUGGGCAUAUAUCCUGUCUGCGAGAUGGGCUGAGUUGGUUCCAGGCGCCCGAAUGCGUUUCAACGGGGAACUUGACGAAUCGACUUUGAAAACGGAAGACAAAGCUUUCGUUGCGAUAAACGUUGGUACGGUGAGUGGAGAUGCUGCCAGCUGGUGGAAAGCAAUUUUGUCAGCUAAUGGUAGCUGGGAUGCAACAAUUCGCAACAAAAAAGGCCGAUUUCUCUAUUCACCAUGGUCUACGACACUUUCAUCGGAGCGUCCUUUACUUGUCUUGUCAAACAUCGAAACACAUCAAUGGCUAUCGGACACCGAUCCGACUUCGCCGUCUACAGCAUACCGUUAUUUAAUCGACUACUGCACCUACCAUGGAAUCGACGGCGACCUCAGCCUAGCAGCCCUCUCAGCAGCCUUACUGAUUCCGUCUGUCAAGUAUGACGGCAGAGGUAUUGGGAUACCAAUUCCAGAGAUAGCCCGAGAUCGCCACAGAGGAAAGAACAAGCGCCCAAGAGCCUCUCAUUUCGAAGUUCUCGACCCUCUCCAACUGGACAAGCUCCUCACCCUCAGUUGUAAUGCAAAAGCAGUCAAGGCUCUCCUUACCAGUGUUUUAUUUGAAUCAGGUGUGGAAAGCAACAUAUGCGGCAUGUGGUUACGCGGCUCGUUUGCAUUUCUGGAGACCAUCGAAGACCCCAACAUGCUGCUGCGGACCAUGAUAAAACGCGAUCCGGAGUUAGGCGUCUUGUGGGUCGGUGCUUUCAUAACAGGAUGUCAUGACAGAGUACUUCGUGAGGGCCGCAGCGCUUGGUGGAAGAUUGAUCUUGGAGCGGCUGCUUGGACAGGAACACUGAUGUCCUUUAUUCAAGAAACAGUACAAUGCCCGCCAACACGAACAACAUCAAUCGCGCGCGCCGAUGAGUGCCGUCUCUUGUUCCUCUGCCAUGACAUGAAUUACACCACACCGCCAUUGUUUUCUUUUGCACCAUUUGGUUCCACCGCCGUUCUUGACACUAAUCUUGAUGUUCGGGAGCAUUUAUCGUGUGGAAGAGAUCAUGUCCUCCGAUAUGUGGAUUUGACCUGGCGCUGCAACGACGGUACAGAAAUCAAACAAGGUCCGGACGUGCCAGUCGUCGCAACGAGACCCAAGAACGGGAAACAGUUGAGUACUGACGCAGAAAUUGAUGUUAAUUACGAAGACUUUGAUUCAGAGGAUGACAAUUCAGAAAUGGUGACUUUUAUAUGUAUACUUCGGGACUUACGCCUCGAAAAUCACCCAACAAAAAGCAGAAAUGGUGACUAG